AUGUGGAUUGUGUACUUCAAGGGCGAAGUCUGCUAUUGGCUACUGGGCGGCGAGGCCUACACGGUGGGCAAGAAGGACUGCGACAUCACCAUCAAGGAUGACGCGAGCAUAAGCCGCACGCAUCUCAGAAUAGAAGUUGGGGAGUUACCGGCGGCAGGUGAACGACAUCCGGAGGGGAACGGAAAGGAGGAGGAGGCAAAAGAGACGCCUGCGCAUAUUGUGCUUACGGAUGUGUCCAAGUAUGGCACUGUGGUCUCUCCCUCCGCGCCUUGCGACAGCGGCGGCGGCAUCAGGCAUGAGGCGAAUGAUGUGAUCACGAGGGAGCUGCAGUUGUGUCGUAGCCACAGUGGCGCAGAAGAGGCAGAGGCGGAGGCGCCGCAGCUGGCUUCGCGCCAGAGGCUAAGUAAGGAUGCGCCGUUCCAUGUUCCAUGUGAAGAACCCUUGUGGCGGGACCUCUCCAUCACCCUCGGCGCACACGGCGCGGUUCUGCGGCUGCGGUGGACCCCAAUGCGUGUUUUUGCUCUUGCCAUCUCGGCGGAGCAACGGACGAAGUUGGACUGCUGCCUGCGCCGCUGCGGUGCCCACGUCGUGACGGACUUCCAUCGCGCGGAUUACCUCGUGACCUCGCGUCUCACGCCGACCCCUGUUAGCAUCGCCAUGUUGUGUCGCGCCGCGGAUAUUGUGACGCCGGCCUUCUUUGAGGCGCUGCGGAGUCGCCGCAGACCACACGUGCCGCUGCCGGACCCGCGGGCGUACGCGCCGCCACUCGCCGAAUUUUGGUCGACACUGUGGAAUGGCGGGAAAGGCGGCGGCGGCGGGCCCGCGCAGGUGGAAGCAAUCAACGAGGAUCCAGACGGGGUGCGGCUGUUGUACCCGCCCAAUCGGCUGGAUCGUCAGCGGCUGUUUGCCAACCUCACCUUUGUUACCACGCAGCGAUCGCUCCAUGAGGAGGUUCGAAACUUUUUGCCCUGCGCCCAAGGGCGGGUGGUGCUGGAUGAGACCUUGUCGCACUUGAACAGCGACGAACACUGCGAUGGGGUUGUAGGUCCUUUUUACUUCGAGCACCGUAGUCAUGUUGUGCUGUACAACAGCCGCGAGCGCCUUCCGCUCCGGAACUUUGUGCAUGUCCUGCGGGAGCAACUGGGGCUCUGCUGCGUGGAGUACCUUGACAUCAUCAAGAGCAUCGUCCACGCGGUCCCGCUCACGCUGACCCCCUUUCCGACGGGCCCCCUCCCGUGGCUGCAGAAGUCGACGAAAAGUGAGGAGGCAACGGAAGCGGGGCGAAGGGCGGCGACCGCGGGGAUGAAGCGACCGCGGGCUUCCACUAGUCCCGGCGGGAGGCGCACGGACCCAACUCCCCUUUUCCGAGACGCACCGGGCGACACCGGGGCGGGGGCGGCCGGCGUCAGUGGUAAGCAGCAGGCAGAAGAAAACGCCAAAGGCGGAGACGGCGUGGACGGUUGGCUCUCCCGCGAGCUCACUGACUAUCCCGACGCGAAGGACCUCGUCGUAGUGGGCCCGCCUCCGCUGCCGCCGUAUCCAUGUUUCCAGCCGUACGGCGGCAGUGGGGGGAGCAGCCCUGCUGCUGGGUGCACGGCUGCGGCAUCUAGCGGCGGGAAGCGAUUUCUGAAGCAGAAACUCGCCGUGGGCAGCGAGACGGUCGAGAUGGAGCAACUAACGCGUCUGCCUGGCCACGCAGUGCUGUCCACAACGCGAGCCAUCGACGCCGAUGACAUCAUCCCAGAGACUCUGGAGGCGCCAACAAGGCGGUCGGGCAACUUGCGUUUUAACGCCUUUGACGCCACGGCGCACCACCACCAGCAGCACAGUAGAACAGCGGCCACAAGACGACGUGUGGGAAGACGUGUUACGGGGCCUGUGACGCCUGCGCCUGUGACGGCGGCGGGGGUGGCAGCCUCAGGGGAUAGCGAGGUCGCUGCGUCAAGGACGAUGGGGAAUCGCAAUGUAACUGGCGGUGCCCCUGUGAACAUCUUCGACAUUGAGGCCCUCUUCUAA